AUGAACGUUGUCUCCUCUCUUACUCAUACGAGCGCGGAUGUAAGUAAUGUGCGAUGCCAACCUCGACGGAUCUACUCUGUACUGAGCGAGCGACCCGGAUAAAUUGCCGAUAUCAACCGAUGUUAUCAGUUUCUCUCGAUAUAUAAAAGCCAGUCAUGUUUCGACCAAACCAUCGAUUGUUCUCUAUCACUCGACAAACAAUUAUUCCCACGACAGUUACCAGCAGACACUCUUACUACUCUACUACAAAUAUGAAGGUUCUUUUGAGCGGAGGCUCAGGCUUCAUCGCCGCCCACUGUGUCGACAUCCUCCUCCAGCGCGGUCACGACGUAGUGUUCACUGUCCGUUCAGACGAGAAGGGCCAGAAGAUUCUCAGCAACCACCCCGGAACUCCUGCCAGCAAGCUCAGCUAUGUCAUAGUCAAAGAUAUUGCUCAGGAGACUGCCUUUGAUGAGGCUGUCAAGUCAGACCCUCCAUUCGAAGCAGUCCUUCAUACAGCUUCGCCUUUCCACUACAACGUCACCGAUCCAAAGAAAGACUUACUUGAUCCAGCCAUUAUCGGAACCACUGGAAUACUGAAAGCUGUGAAGAAAUCAGCUCCCUCAGUCAAGCGUGUGGUCAUUACCUCGUCGUUCGCCGCUAUCAUCAACCCGGCCAAGCACCCCAAGAUGUACUCGGAGGAAGUUUGGAAUCCUAUUACAGAGGAAGAGGCGAUUCAGAAUCCAGCAAAUGCCUAUCGAGCAAGCAAGACAUUCGCCGAAAAGGCCGCUUGGGAUUUUGUAGCCAAGGAGAAGCCCAAUUUCGACCUUGCGACGAUCAAUCCACCGUUGGUCCUCGGCCCAGUUGUUCACUAUCUAAACUCUUUGGAUUCCAUCAACACUUCGAAUGAGCGCGUCCGAAACAUGAUUCAAGGCAAAUUCAAGGACGGCCUUCCAGCGACCGGCAUAUUCAUCUGGGUCGAUGCCAGAGAUGUGGCCCUGGCACAUGUUAAAGCCAUGGAGGUCCCCGAAGCUGGAGGAAACCGAUUCUUGUGCACAGCAGGAUAUGUGUCCAAUGGGGAAAUUGCCAGCAUAAUGAAGAAGAACUUCCCAGCUCUGGCAGACAAGCUUCCCACAGACCUCAAGAGUGACAGGCCUGAGGAUGUCUACGGCUUUGACAACUCGCGGAGCAAGAAGGUAUUGGGUAUUGAGUAUCGAAAACUUGAGGACAGUGUGGUGGACACUGUGAACUCAUUGCUAGCGGUCGGGGCUUGAGAUUUGUAAAAGAGGACGUUGUAUCUAGAUAUGCACCUAGGUAGAC